GAGAAUGCCCUUACCACAUUUUGCAAAAGGUGAAGUGGUACAAGGCUUUGGUCGGGGCUCAAAGGAAUUAGGAUGUCCCACGGCAAAUCUCCCUAUGGAAGCAGUCAACCAGCUCCCAGACGAUUUGGACACUGGUGUUUACUAUGGUUUUGCUUCAGUGGAUGGUGGAGAGGUUUAUAAGAUGGUAAUGAGUAUUGGCUGGAAUCCAUUCUAUAAAAAUAAAACGAAAUCGAUGGAAGUUCAUGUAUUACACGAGUUCGACUCUGACUUCUAUGGGAAGGAGAUUAGGAUAGUUAUUUUAGGUUACCUACGUCAGGAGAAAAAUUUUAACUCUUUGGAAUCAUUAAUCGACGCUAUAAAAGACGAUAUUAAUCAGGCUAGAGAAAAGUUAGACGCAGCUAAUUAUAUUUCAUACAAAACAAAUAGUUACUUUUGUAGUUCGUGAAUAAGGAAUAAAUAAGUAGUAAGGACAAGGACUUUUUUAUUUCUCACUUUUUCAAGAACGUAGGUUUUCGUUUCAUACCCUUCACUCUUGUAAUUUGAUUUGUAAAUUAUGGAAAAUAGUGAUUUAAAGGAAAUAUGACUAGUAUGGGACAUAGUUUUUUAUUUUAUUCUUUUAAAUGUUAUAAAACUUAUUGUGUUCUUAUUUAAUUUUAAUAAAUUAUGAACUAUUAA